AAAGACAUCGUGAGUGAGUAUCUUGUUGAGACAGAGAUACAAUAAACACUAUUCUUCUGGUCUUGCUGAUGUUGUUGUUGUCGUCGUUCUUUGACGUUUGGCGUUUGCUGUUUUCCCGUUGCUGCCAACGUUGCUGUUUUGCCGUUAGAAACUGGCUGCUGUUGUUGCUGCUGCUCUGCUAUUGCUGUUUUCGUACAUCGCUCGAAAGCGAAAUGUGAAAACAAGAGUUCCAACAUUUUCAAAAUCUUUGACUCAAUUCAGUUGGUGUUGAAUUCUCGCGGCGGUUAGAUCAAAAUUUUUGUAGUCUAUAUUGGCCGACUCGCUAGAUCAGAGUGUAUAUUUGAAUAUCUAUAUAGGUAGCCACAUGUGUACACACACACACAUAAUAUAUGAGCAAAGAAAUACCUAUACAUAUAUAGAAAUAGAUUCUAAAAAGUGAGCAAAUCGUUUGGAUCGAACACACCAGUUUGGUUAUAGAUAACAACAUCAUAUGUAACCCUUGAGAAUUAAUAAACGAACGAGCCCUUACCCUAACGCAAUAAAUAAUGACGAAUUCUAAUUAAGUUAUCCAAAGAAAUAGAAAUACAAAUUCAAAAGAAAUAGAAAUAGAAAAAAAUCUUCUGUGUCUGUGUGUUUAAUUAUUUUCGUUUUUCGUUAAUAAAUAAUUGGAAAACACCAAUAUCACGCAAUCGCCAUCACCUCUUCAACGAAAUCCUCAGAGAAGUGAAAACAACACCGAAAUGAAAAAACUUCAAACAACGAACACGGCACGGCAUCGAUCGUUGCCGGCAGCACGCCAUGGCAACAAUUAUUACAUCACGAAAACUACCUCGGGAUGGAUGAUCAUCUUGGCCAUCUGCUGUUUGGCAGUGGUGUGGCCUUUGGCCACAGCCUACAACGUCGAUAUACCCACAUAUGUGAUCCACCAGCGGCCCGAACAUAAUUCCAUGUUUGGCUUCAGCAUUGCCCUGCACAAGGGGCCGUAUACAAAUUCGCUGGUGGUCGGUGCACCCAAAUUUGAUACUUCCUCAUAUCAGGAAGGCGUGGUGGAAGCAGGUGCAGUAUUUAAUUGCGGCAUGGAAGAUGACCAAUGCUCUUUGGUGAGAUUCGAUUCUUCAAGCAAUAAUCGCAACACGCAAGGCGAUGUUAUUGAUCGCAAAUCCAAUCAAUGGCUCGGUGCAACAGUGGCUACAAGUCGCAACAGUGAUUUAGUUGUGGCUUGUGCUCCCCGCUACGUUUUCCACACAAUAACGCCCAAGAAGAAUCUGCGUUGGGAUCCCAUUGGUACAUGCUUUACAACCAGGAACUUUACCUAUUUCAAUGAAGUCUCACCCUGUCGUACAAAUAAUUGGGGCUAUCAUCGUCAGGGCUAUUGUCAAGCUGGUUUUAGUGCUGCAGCCACAGCCAGUGGCGAUCGCUUGUACAUCGGUGCUCCUGGAAGUUGGUAUUGGCAAGGACAAACAUAUUCCGUGUCACCAAACGCCACCUUUCCAUAUAAGCCGCCUUUUUAUCAGCCUUUCGGCACUGGAGGUCAAACAUAUUCAAAUGAUGUUACCCGUCCUGAAAACCAAGUCUACUCCACCGCUGAGAGCAGUUCCACCGAUGAUGAUUCCUAUUUGGGCUAUUCCAUGGUGUCGGGUCAUUUCAACGGCGACGGCAUUGAAGAUGUGGCCAUUGGCAUGCCUCGUGGUGCUGGUCUCCUGGGCAAAAUUGUGGUCAAUCAAUGGAACAUGGUUAAUAUUUUCAACAUAACGGGACGUCAGAUUGGAGAAUACUUCGGCUAUGCCUUGGCCACAUCCGAUGUGGAUGGUGAUGGUAUGGAUGAUUUGAUCAUUGGUGCUCCCAUGUAUAGCGAGCAAGGCAACACCGAGGGCAAAUACGAUGUGGGUCGUGUCUAUGUGCUUUUACAGAAACGUGGUGCUGAUCGCUGGUCCGUGGAACACAUCCGUGAUGGCUACAAUAGCAAGGGUCGUUUCGGCCUGGCUCUCACCACAUUGGGUGAUAUCAAUCGUGACGGUUAUGGUGAUUUCGCCGUGGGUGCUCCUUAUGACGGACCCUUCGGACGUGGUGCUAUCUACAUUUUCCACGGAUCCGUUAAUGGUCCCCUGCAGAAACCGUCUCAAGUCAUCAGAGCCGAGGAUAUUGUUGGCGUUCAACCGCCCACCACCUUCGGCUUCUCAUUGUCCGGCGGCCUUGACAUGGAUGACAAUACAUAUCCCGAUUUGGCUGUGGGAGCCUAUAACAGUGCUCAAGUCUUUAUCUUCAAAUCUCGUCCCGUUGCAGCAGUUGAGUCCACCACCUAUUUCUCUAGUGCCUCCAAACUAAUUAACCUCGAAGAGAAGAACUGUGUGUCCAAGCGCGAUGGCAGACAAGUGCCGUGCACCAGUCUUACUACAUGUUGGAGCUACACCGGUGACUAUUUGCCACCAAGAUUGAACUUUACGGUAUCCUGGGUUUUGGAUGCCAAGAAACCAAAGAGUCCUCGCAUGUUCUUCAUGUCCAAUUUGAACAAUAUGCGCUCGAUGCUCAUCACCUUGGCUUUUGGCAAGCAAUUCUGUCACACCGAGGAGGUGUUCAUCGACAACGUCCAAGACAAGUUGACUCCUUUGGAGGUGGAAUCGCGUUACAAUUUGACGAGCAAUAUGGCACCUAUGCCACUGGUAAGACGUCGCCGUGAAGCACUGGAACCAGUCAUCGAUCAAAACCGUGAAAUUGUCCAGAGAGAUGCCAUAAACAUUCAGAAGAAUUGUGGUCCAGAUAACAUUUGUGUACCAGAUCUUAAAUUGGAAAUUAAGACCGUUGAUAAGUAUUUGUCUGGUUCACCCGAUCCACUGACCAUUGAUGUCUUCAUUUCGAACAACAAUGAAGAUGCCUUCGAAGCUGCCUUCUAUUUGGUGAUGCCCAAAGACUUGGACUACGUGAAAUUGGAGAAGAUUGCCGAUACCAACGAUGCAACCAUCACCUGUACCGCUCCUUCGCAGGACAAUAAUUAUACUCUGAAAUGUGAUAUUGGUAAUCCCUUGCCGGCUCAGAAGGUGGCCAACUUCAGAGUUUACAUGAUGCCCUCGGUCAAGAGAGGUAUGUCCCCCAGCUAUGAAUUCUACAUGGAGGCCAAUUCCACAAAUCCGGAAACCGAUGGCUCGACAUUGGACAACAUUAUUACGAAGAGCAUCAGUAUCUGGGUGGAGACUGACCUGGCCAUUGAUGGCACAUCGGUGCCCGACUUUGAGUUGUACAAAGCAUCCGACUACAAGUCGGUGGAGAACGCCACCAAAGAAGAAGAUUUGGGUCCUCAAGUAGUCCACCUGUACAACAUAUUCAAUAAUGGACCCUCGGACAUUGUUGAGGCUGUGGUGCUCAUCCACUACCCCUACCAGACCAUUUCCGGAGACACAUUGAUGUACAUGACCAACCAGCCUGAAACCUCCGAAAACAUUGUGUGCGAUCCCCAUGUGGCGGUGAAUCCCCUGAACUUGGAAUUGGAUCAAAACCUCGUGCGCAAAUCGUAUUUGGCAGAGCGCGGUGCUAUUGUGAAAUCCUCAUGGACUCACAUUGAAAAAUCGUAUGGAAAUGCCGGAGCUGUCAACGCAGUUACCAUUGGUCAGGGCAAGCAAUUGAGUGCUGAGGAAACUAAACGCUUGGAAUUGGAAGACGCCCAAGCGGAGUUGGGUGACGGAUCUCGUAUUCACAUUCAGCGCGCCAACGAGGCAGCCAAUGCUGCCAAUGCUGGUGGAUCUAUGCAAGGCGGUAGAUGGCAUUGGGAUUGGAAUACCACCACCACAACAGGCGGUGAUGGCCGCACAGUUACGGUGACAACGAGAAAUGGAACGAUGACAGAUUAUGAUGGUCACCGACAACCUUACGUCGCUGGCGUGGGUAUGCAUGGAGGUCAACAUCAACAAACCUCCGCCAACUAUCAACAGCACGGUUCUGCUGGUGGUAAUGUCAAUGUGAAUGUCAAUCACCACCAAAGUCAGGAUGCUGGACCACACAAUGUCCGACAGUAUGUUCAAAUGGCCAGUCCUACACAGAGCGAAACACGUUAUCAACAAAGUUCUCAAUAUUCGUCGGGACAACCUCAAAGGACCACGUACACUUACUCGUCGUCGAGUGGCUCCUAUCCAGGACAACAACAGCAGCAGCAGCAACAACAACGUCAUCACCAACAACAAUACAGUGUGGGCAGUGGUGCUGCUUACAAUGAAUUCGGCAACAAUGGCGCUGGAGAUUUUGGUAAAAUGGCCGCUGGAGGUCAAGGCUUCCGCACCAACACCAUGGAUCUUGGUACUCUAGGUCGCAGUAAUGUGGACGAGGAAAUCCGCAGCCAUGGAAGUCCCAGUCAUUCAAAUAGUUAUUCAUACCACUAUUCCUCCGGAACACCACAACAGCAGCAAACACACGCCAGCUACCAACAGUCGCCACACUACUCUUCGAGUAAUGUCAAUUACGACAACAAGCCCUACUACGGCACCGACUACUACGAUGACCUCAGCGACCCGGCAAUUCAGAUGCCACAUAACCCCUCCGCCGUGCAUCACAGAACACGACGUGAAGAACCCCAAGAAAUUGGCAUCAGUUCACCAUGCAAAGCCACAAAGUGUGAGACCCUGCGCUGUGUGGCCCGCAAUCUGCGCAAGGAUGAAGGCGCCUGGGUAGCCAUCCGCACACGUAUGGUGGCCAAGACCAUGGAGAAAAUAGCCGGCAGUGUACCCUUGAAUAUAUCGACAAUGGCUGUGUCACACGUCACCGAAUUGCCCAACAUUGGAACACCCACCGACGACAUAAUCAGGACGCAUGAGAUCUUUUACAAGGCCAUACCAGAACCCACUCCCGUACCCGAUGUGGUACCACUGUGGGUUGUUGUGCUGGCCGCCUGUGCUGGUGCUCUGAUUCUUUUGCUGCUCAUUUUCCUGCUGUACAAGGUCGGAUUCUUCAAGCGUAAUCGGCCCGCCGAUCACACAAUGGAACGACAGCCUCUCAGGAAUGGCUACCAUGGCGAUGAGCAUCUGUAAGGGAAGUUUGAAGCAACUGUCAGUCUGUCUGCCUGCCUACAUUAACAAAGAACUCCAAGAGUUUUGUGUGUCCAAUUAGAUGUUGCUUGUCCCAAAUAACCUUUGAAGCAACUUUGUUAUGCAAAUCCAACUACGAAACAAAACAAAAACAAAGCGAAACGACUUGAACUUUUCAAAAAAGUUCAAGCCAUAGUGUUAUACCGAAGUUGCUCCAGCGCGGACCAUACGGAUUUCGCCAAUCUCUUGAACAUAUCUCUAUUUCCCACUAUUAACCAAAAAUGCCAAAAUUGGCAUUAUUUAUAAUUUUUCUUAUUCAACUAACGGCUCCUAGUCACCAAAAAUCAACACGAAUAGCUACAACUAAAAUGCAAAACGAUUUUUAUACUUGAAUUUAAAAACAAAAAAAAAAAAAAAACAAAGAUUUGCCAUAAUCAAGAAACGAACGUCUAGCUUUGAUUAGUUAAAGUCGAACAUUCGCCAGACCCCACCACCACCACCACCUGUGGUAUUAGUUUUUGUAACAAAUUAAGUUAAACACAACCGUCGGAGAUGAAUCUAUCGAGGAACAGUGAGUGAGUCGAUUACACCACUGAAGGAGGAAUUUUUGUCGUUUUCUAAAAACAAAACAGUGCUAAAACAUUAUUUUUAAUUAUUAAAACAACAUUAUUAACUAAUAAAACUAAUUUUAACAAAAACAAAAACAUAAAAAGAAAGAACCAACGACCUAGAAUCUAUUGUGCAAAUACUUUUGGUUGCAAGUGUAAGGGUAGUAAUAAAUAUAUGAUGCAAGGCAUAUCUGAUAGGUCGGUCUUCUCGCGCAAACGGAACGAAUUCGUUUCCUCGACAAGGCGACGACCUAUCAUUGAUAGGCUUUCGUAUGUUGUUAUACUGUUUUAUUAUUUUUUUUUUAAUUUUAUUUUUAACAUCUACUCGUAAUGUAAGCUUAAAUUAUUUAAUAAAAUUAAACUGUUCACUUUUUUAAAAUCAAGAAUUUACCAAUAAAUUGUACAUAAGUUGUAAGCAAACCGAAAAAUAGUUUUUACUUUUGCUGUGUUCACAUUUCUACUGCUGAUGACUUUGCAUGUCGUCCUUCUUUGAUAGUUUUAUUUUAUUUUGUGUUAAGUAUUUUAAUUUUUUAUUAUUAUUAUUUUUUUAUUUAUUAACUGUACUUAUUAACAGCUUACAAAAGGAAGAAUUGCUUUUAACCUAUUACUAAGUUGUACAAUAAAAAGAAAAUCUCAAUAAAAAGGAAAAAAACACACACACACAAAUCCUAAACAAAUAAA